AUGAAGGUAGGAGAAUCUGUGAAUGAGUAUUUUGCUCGGACCCUUAGCAUAGCCAACAAGAUGAAACUAAAUGGUGAGAACAAAGAAGAUGUUGAAGUAGUCGGAAAUAUACUGAGAUCUAUGACCCCCAAGUUUGAUUAUAUUGUGUGUUCCAUUGAGGAGUCCAAGGAUACAACCAUCUUAACCAUUAAUGAGUUUCAAAGCAGCCUGCUUGUACAUGAACAAUGCAUGAGUUCUCAUGUUGAAGAAGAACAUGCUUUGAAUAUCACUCAUGGUGAACAAUCUAGAGGAAGGGGUCAAGGUCGUGGAAGUUUUAGAGGCAGAGGAAGGGGAUGA